GAAUACACAGGCCAGAUGUUCACUGUGUUGAUUUUCAAAUCCUCCUGGGCCUGUAAGGGGGAGAGAGAGAGAUUGGUAGUUAAAUCCACUGGCUCUAAGACUUAAAACCAGAUAUUCUGACCCUGGCCUAACAGUCCCAUGCUGCACGCCUCAUGGCACAGGGAGUCCAGAUAAAGCAUCAACAUCUCAGCCAGCAGAGCCACCAGUGCCUUACAUACAGCCUUUGAGGUCCAACCCCCUGCCAUGUAGGUUUGCAGAAGCCCCAGCCCACGAACAUCUAAGAACCUGAACAUGGACUUCCAGUUGCUACAGAUCUAAGUAUGUCAGACCCAGGGUUCCAGCCACUCAGCCCCUUUGUAAGCUCAGAGUCCCUCCCACCUGUCUAGCCAGCUGCGCAGCGUGGGAACAUCCCAGCUGGACUGCAUGGAGCCGUCAGGACAAGCUGCGCAAUUCCCAGCCUCCCGGCUUGCCAGAGCCAGGACACCACCACCUCCCAUCCGUCGCCCAGCAACCAAGGCCGAGGGGCCCCAUCGGCUAGAGUGGAGACGGGCAGGAACGGCACUACGGGGUCCUGGGAAAGAAGGGGCUGGGGUCCCGGAUUCUUGAAUCUCAGGACGUGCUACGGUUUGAGGCGAUAACAAGGCAGUAGAGGGAUAUUUUCAGAAACGUGGAGAGCUGAGUCCCCUUUUUCGGGGAUCCCAGCUGGACUCCGGGACCCAGCUGCCCUCUCCCCGACCCUCAACCCCAGGGAAGUACCGGGCCGCGCCUCCCAGGGCGCGGAAACUGGCUAGGCCCUGGGGACUCCCAUUUAUAGCUCAGUUUCCACUCAGCGCAGUCCCUCCAGGACCCGAGCUGAGCAACUUUCUUCCAUUCUCUCCCUUCCCUCCUCCUCACCCCCAGCCCUCACCCCAUACACACACACACCCCGACACACACAGGGCGCAGAUGUCCAGCCUAGGCAAGACCCCCACUUUAGAUCCAGGUGUUCCGACUCCCAGACCCCAACUGGGGUGAGCGCCCGCCCUCGGAGUAGCCCCUGCCCCGCGCACCCCAUUCAUCCACGUGCAGGCAGCGGGAGUUUCUCAACGGGAAGAGGGCGGGGCGAGCGGGACCCGGCUCCUCUACCCCACUCCCCACCCCCAGAGUCUUGCAGAUUCUGGGGCGCAGAACUGGCAGGCGUUUCAGACCGACCGAAGCUGUGGAUGAGUAGACUUCGGGGACCCGGGACAGUGACGGGAGGGGGGGUUCUCCAGGCACUGCACGCGAAGAGUGGGGCCCGAAGGGGUUCCAAUCCGGGUAGGGAGAGGUGUGCCGCUCAGUGAGAAAUUGGAGGGAAGCCAGAGCAGCCCCAAGUCGUGAGGACCUUGGGGGACACACACCGAGGAUGCUGGUCGCCGCCCUCCUCGUCCUCCUCUUCUGCUUCAGGGGGCGCGCAGGUACCGGAUGGGGAGCAGAUGGAUACAGUUUGCCAGUCUCCGCUUUACCCCCCUGGGGGGGAUGGCGAAUGCUGCGGCUAAGUGGGGAGCGUUGAGUUUCUGAUUCUGGGGACUGGACUCCUGCGUCGUUGAAUGAGAGAGCUCUUGAAUAUGCAAAGCUCAGCUCUGCUGACCCCUAUUCUCCUAGGUCUGUCGCCCCACUUCCUAAAACAGCCGGAGGACCUCGUGGUGCUGCUGGGGGAGGAAGCUUGGCUGCCCUGUGCUCUGGGAGCGUACAGGGGGCUUGUGCAGUGGACUAAGGAUGGGCUGGCUCUAGGCGGCGAGAGGGACUUGCCAGGGUGGUCCCGGUACUGGAUAUCGGGGAAUGCAGCCAUGGGCCAGCAUGAUCUCCACAUUAGGCCCGUGGAGCUAGAAGAUGAGGCAUCAUAUGAAUGUCAGGCUACACAAGCUGGCCUCAGAUCUCGACCAGCCCAAUUGCGAGUGUUGGUGCCCCCAGAACCCCCCCAGGUGCUGGGUGGGCCCUCUGUGUCUCUGGUUGUUGGCGUUCCUGCAAACCUGACCUGCCGGAGUCGAGGGGUUGCCCGCCCUACCCAGGAGCUUCUGUGGUUCCGAGAUGGAGUCCAACUGGAUGGGACUACCUUUCACAAGACUCUGCUGAAGGAAGGAACCACUGGGUCAGUGGAGAGCACAUUAUUCCUGACCCCUUCCAGCCAUGAUGAUGGAGCUACUCUGGUCUGCAGAGCCCGGAGCCAGGCCCUGCCCACAGGAAGGGACACAGUUGUCACGCUGAGCCUACAGUAUCCUCCAGUGGUGACUCUGUCUGCUGAGCCACAGACUGUUCAGGAGGGACAGAAGGUCACUUUCUUGUGUCAGGCCACAGCCCAGCCUCCAGUCACUGGCUACAGGUGGGCAAAGGGGGGCUCCCCGGUGCUCGGGGCCCGCGGACCAAGGUUGGAGAUUGUGGCAGAUGCCUCGUUUCUGACUGAACCUGUGUCCUGCGAGGUCAGCAACGCUGUGGGUAGCGCCAACCGCAGCACCGCGCUGGACGUGCUGUUUGGGCCAGUCCUGCAAGCAAGGCCGGAAGCCAAGUCAGUGGACGUGGGGGAAGAUGCCUCCUUUAGCUGUGCUUGGCGUGGGAACCCCCUCCCCCAGAUAACCUGGACCCGCCGUGGUGGUACACAGGUGCUGAGCUCCGGGCCCAUCCUGCGGCUUCCAUCCGUGGCACCUGAGGAUGCAGGCGACUAUGUGUGCAGAGCUGAGCCGGGGCACUCAGGCCUGGGGGGCGGUGCAGCAGAGGCUAGGCUGACUGUGAAUGCUCCCCCAGUAGUAACCACUCUGCAUUCUGCACCAGCCUUCCUGAGGGGCCCUGCCCGCCUCCAGUGCCUGGUAUUUGCCUCCCCCGCCCCAGAUGUUGUGGUCUGGACUUGGGAUGAGGGCUUCCUGGAGGCGGGGUCCAGAGGCAGGUUCCUGGUGGAGACUUUCCCAGCCUCAGAGGGUCCUGGGGGUCAGGGUCUAGGCCUGAUCUCUGUGCUGCAUAUUUCGGGGACUCAGGAGUCUGACUUUAAGAGGAGCUUCAACUGCAGUGCCCGGAACCGGCUGGGGGAGGGAAGCACUCAGAUCCACCUAAGCCGUAGAGACUUGCUUCCCACUGUGCGGAUUGUAGCUGGAGUAGCAGCUGCUGCCACGACUCUUCUUAUGAUCAUCACUGGGGUGGCUCUCUGCUGCUGGCGCCACGGCAAGUCCUCUUUCUCCAAGCAAAAGAACCUGGUGCGAAUCCCAGGAAGCAGCGAUGGCUCCAGUUCACGAGGUCCUGGGGAAGAGGAGACAAGCAGCAUCGAGCAUCGAGGUCCCAUUGUACCUGAUGGCCACAGUGACCUGGUUCUGGAUGAGAAAGAGGUUCUGGAGACCAAGGACCCAACCAAUGGUUACUACAAGGUUCGAGGGGUCAGUGUGAGCCUGAGCCUUGGUGAAGCUCCUGGAGGAGGCCUCUUCCUGCCACCCCCAUCCCCCCUUGGACUUCCAGGGACCCCUACUUUCUGUGACUUCAGUCCACACCUAGACAUGGUGCCCCCCUGCAGACUGUACAGAACUCGGGCUGGUUAUCUAACCACACCUCAUCCUCGAGCCUUUACCAGCUACAUCAAACCCACUUCCUUUGGCUCCCCAGACCUGAACUCUGGAAUGCCCCCCUUUCCAUAUGCUGCCUUGCCCACACCCACCCACCAGCGACUCCAGACUCAUGUGUGACCACUUUCCAAUUGAAGAGGCCUGAGAUCUUCAACUUGCCAUAGUGACUGUUCUGGAUUCUGAGGUGCCAGAACAAGUUGACAACCUUAGUCCUCCAAAACUGAAUACUGAGUGAAGGAGGAAAGGGCAUAACAAUUGCCAGGAUCAGCUCAGCCAGAGGGGAUGCCUCAGAUGGGAGCAAUACGGUCACCAUGUGCAUCUGUUCUCCUAUGUAAAAGACACUCAAGGUGGUGGGCAGACUUUUGCAGAGAGAUAAAGUGUGUGUGGGGGGAGGGGUGACAGGAGUAAGGAAUAGGACUGAAAGUCAUUUCUAGCUCUUGAGGGAAGGUAUUUCAAGAUGACCUCUGGCACUGACAAAGAAGGUAGUACAGGGCAUGUCAAAAUGAAAGACAACAGGUCUCAUCUUGUCCUGCCUUUCCUGGAACUUCAUUUGGCCACUGAAAGUGCUGCCAAGAUGGCCACCAUCUUGAUUCCAUCUACUUUCCUUACACACUCAGAAAAAUGUUGGGCCCAAGGAGUAGGGACAGGGUGAGAACUAUCACUGUGGAGGUGAAAGGGAAAUGGAAGAUAAGAAUAUUAAUGUUUAAUUAAAAAAGUCAAAGCA